AGAACUCUCCCAAUUCCAUUCUUUGAUGUUGAAUUCUUUUCAGUGUCCAACAACAAAUUCAAUGGACACAUUUCUUCCUCAUUUUGCAAUGCAAGCUCACUUGAGAUACUCAUCUUAUCCCACAACAACUUGUCGGGCCACAUCCCAAAGUGCCCUUUUGCUCUCCCAUAUCUUGAGAGUUUAGAUUUGCAGAUGAAUAAUUUUUUUGGAUCUAUACCGGACAAUUUUUCUAGGAGCAGUUAUUUGGAAUCUUUGCAUUUGAACAACAAUCAAUUUGAGGGACGAUUGCCUUUGUCUUUGACCCAUUGCAAGCAAUUACAAAUUUUAGAUGUGGGAGCAAACAAGAUCAAUGACAAAUUUCCUGAUUGGCUUGAACAUAUCAAGGAAUUUAAAGGAAUGAUGAAUGUUGACUUUGUUUCAACCACACUAGAUUACUUGGAAAUCCAUAAUACAUCUUAUCAGUAUCAAGAAUCAGUGAUGGUCACAUUGAAAGGUGUUGAUUUGGAGUUGGUAAAGAUCAUAACUACAUUCACAUCCAUUGAUUUGUCAAAAAACAUGUUUGAUGGACAGAUUCCACAUGUUAUUGGUGAGCUACAUUUACUUAAAGGGCUUAAUCUCUCCCACAACAAAAUCACUGGUCCGAUUCCUCAAUCCAUUGCAAACUUGACCAACCUAGAAUCAUUGAAUUUAUCAUCAAACUUGCUUAAAGGUGAGAUUCCUCUUGCACUAGCAGAUCUCAACUUUCUUGAAGUUUUGAAUCUUUCACAAAAUCAGCUUGUCGGAGAAAUACCAACAGGUAAGCAGUUUGAUACAUUUUCACAAGAUUCUUUUGAGGGAAAUUUAGGACUGUGUGGAUUUCAAUUGUCAAAAGCAUGUAAUCAUGAUGAAGGGAAAUUACCACAACCAACUUCGUCAAGUAAUGACAAAUUUGGAUUUGGUUGGAAACCAGUGGCUUUGGGAUAUGGAUGUGGGAUGGUGUUUGGAAUAUUCAUGGGUCAAGUUAUUUUCUUAACUGGAAAACCUAAAGAGCUUGUCAGAAUUUUUCAAGCCAGGCCUAAGAAACAAGCAAAAAGGACAAGGAAAAGAGCCCAUCAAAAUCAAAGAGUGAAUUAGGCACAAAAUGUGGCUUCGUGUGAUAUAUUGCGUCAUCUUUUUUUCCAUGUUUCCACUAUGGUUAUUAUUUCAUGUUUCUUAAAUAUCUUGUCAGUGAUUGGAAUGUAAUGUACUGUAUAUUUUAAUGAUUGUCUUUCCCUUUUUUUUUAAUGAAUUUCAAGUGAUUUGCCUUCAUUUGUAUGCUAUGUACUAUUUGAUCAUCAUGUGAAUAAAAUUUUCCAC